GGUGGACGAGCUAGCCGAAGCUGUGGGCUUUAGCGGCGAGUCCAUAGGGGGCGACGAUAGCGACGAUGAGCUGCUGGUGGACGCAGACGACAUCCCGCGAUUGUUCAACGGCCUGGCGGCCGUUGUGGAAGGCAAAGUGCUGCUCGUGCAUUUCUCGGUUGCCGACUUCCUGAGGAGCAUUCCGAUGACCGGACGCCAAGACCUGGCCGAGUUUGCCGUGGACGAGGUCGGUGCGCAGCGCUUGUUGGCAACGACCUGCCUUCGGUACAUUGCGCAUUAUUUGCGGUCCGCGAAACGAACCGGUUCUGCUCAGGAUCUGGAGACGUUCCGCUUUCUCCGUUAUUCCUGUCGUUUCUGGAUGGAUCACGCCCGGCGGUGGGUGGAGCUCUCCCAGGGCCACGAGGCGCCUGGCGUGCUGACCGAUCUCAUUGCAUCGGUGCUGCGUGAUGAGACCGUGGUGCGGGCCUGGACCGCGGGAUUGGACUCCAAAGACACAAACACGAUACCGUUUAUGGGCCCGGAUGGUAGCCUCCUAAAAUCACCCCUGCACCUUGCCGUCUCCAUCGGCAUUACCGAGGUUGUCACUCGCCUUCUAUCAACCGGAGCGGACGCCUCCGCAACCGGAUCCGACGGCGUGCCCCCUCUGCACGCGGCUAUUCGGAGAGAAGACAUGGGCAUGGUCCAAAUCUUGCUGGAGCAUGAAGCAAGCACAGUGGCCGCUGACCAAAAGGGCUCUGUGCCGCUCUUGGAGGCUGCCGGGAGUGGAAAUGUAAAGCUCACCGCUCUCCUCUACAACCAUACGGAUCCAAGCGAUAUCACCAAGCAUCACAGCCUACCCGACGGCACCAGAAUCUCGAUCCUGCAUAGACUAGCGGCAACGGCAACGGGUCCCAUUUUCAGAAUCUUUCUCCAGCCGGCUUCCAAGUCCGGAACGAGCGCCAUAGACUUGCCCGCCCUCCUAGACGCCCAAGACGAGGAGCUAUCCGCCACUCCCCUGCACCAUGCGGUCAUGUUUGACAAUAUCCCAGUCGCGUCCUUGCUUCUGCAGGGGGGCGCCAGGGUGGAUGCCCAAGACAAGAACGACAACACGGCGCUGCACCUUGCGGCCCUGUCCAACAACACGCGGGCGUGGGAUCUGUUGAUAGAUCAUGGGGCUUCCCUGACGGUGAAGAAUACCCAAGGUUUCACGGCUCUCGCGGCGACCUGGGAUCGGAGGCGACUGGACUGGGAUUCUUACGAGGAAAACGUCGUGCUAAGCCGCGGGAUGCAGGUUAACACAAGGGUGUUGACUAAGAAAGCCGAUUCACCUGAGUCAGAUACCCCUCGGCACAUCUUUGAAAAAUGCUAUCCCUUGAGCAAAAUUAGCCAAAAAGACGUAAAGGCGUUCAAGAAAGCUCUGGGACGCGAGAACGCCAUCUUCCAGAGGCUGAGUCAUCCUUAUAUUGUCUCCUAUCUCGGUUGCAAGGAGUUGGAGAAGGAAAUGCCACGGCUCUACCUCGAAUAUUGCGACGGCGGUGACCUCCGAAACGAUGUGGUAUCCCCUUCAUCCACAACUGUGGCGCCGAACCCCCUUUUUGUGCCCCCCCUCGGCGUAUACCCCACCAUAGCCUACGGAGAAUAUGAAGACAUCUUUGGGCAGCCAGGCUUGGGCGAGGAGGACGAGGAGGAGGAGGGAGCCUGCGAGGUGAAGAAAUGGUCCGAGAUACAGCUGUGGAGAAUGAUCUACCAGCUCUACUCGGCUCUGGCGCACCUGCACUAUGGUAUCACCGUCUCGGCAGAUGCUGAGGACUGCGUGUACGAGCCCUCCUGGGAUCCGGUCAUACAUCGUGACAUCAACCCCAAGAACGUGGUUCUAUCGAGCAGACCCGACGGACAGUGGGACGCCAAGCUGUGCGACCUCGGCAUCGCGAGGGAUGCCAUCAAGGAUAAUAUGUCCCUCGCCCGCGGAAGAGGGACCAUCGGCUACCAGCCACCGGAAGUCGAAAAAGGGCAGCAGUGGUCGCCCAAGGGUGACGUCUGGGCUCUUGCCAGUGAGUUCACAUCUUUUUCUAAUUUUUCCUUUUUUGUUUUUCACAAAAAGCAGCGACCUAGCCUGCCCAUCAAGGCACAGCUACCCCCUGCAUACUUACGAGAGUGUUAGAGACGAUUACCGGACUACGAAGGAGCUGUGAGAUGCUCCCUGAAGCUAUGCAAAAGCUCCUGACCACGUGUAACGAGGACCGACCGGAGAGGCGUCCCAGCAGCCUCGACGUGUUGGAAAUUGCACAUCGGCACGUCGACACCAAAUUCCCGUCGCUGGAGAAGGAGCUACGACGUGCGGCGCCCCAUCCGCUCAUCUAUCACGUCUUCCGGGCCGUCGCGGAGCAGAUGGACAACGAGGUCCCC